GCUUAGUUGUUGAGGUGUCAAACCGAUAGAGCGAGGUUGCCUUGAAUCGAAGCGACUUUAUACCGGGCAACUUUUCAUACUAUUCGGAUUCGCGCGCGAAAAAACUCAAGCGCCCUCGCACAUCACUGCACAACCCAACCAAACUGAGUCCCCGUCCUAGUUGCAAAACAGGUGGAAUCGUCCGUCCGCCGUGUCCCUCGCAUGGAGCAUAAAUAGAAAACUACGCUACAAAAAUAGAGAAGUCAAUCGCACGGAAAAACAAUUACACAAACAACAAUACUGUGGCAAGUUUGCAACUACAGUGUUGGUAGCUUGGUGCUUAGAUCACAGAGAUAGGAUAUCCCUGACAGCUGCUCUACAUAAAUACGUCUGGGUUAUCCUCGACCGAGUUUGUGUAGUUUUUUUCUGCGGCGCGGUGGACUAUUGCCACCGCGCGGCGAUCUGAUCCGAGUCACCGACGAUGACUAUGGAAGAUAGCUGCCACCGGAAGGCUCCGAAAAUAAUCGGUUAGUUACACCUAUUUGAAGCUAGGUUUGUAGAGAGGGCUGCUGCUGUUUAGAGUUUAAUUUGACUUGAUUGUUUUGCUAUCUGUUAGCAGGGAAAACAAGCUGUGGGCAAAAUGGAACUCAGAGACGGAUGAGUGUGUGCACGGGAUGCCAGGAACCCAUCGAAGACCGAUUUGUAAUGAAAGUCACUGACGAGCCGUGGCAUGAAAGCUGUUUGCAGUGCUGCGUGUGUGGAAGCGCCUUAUCGCGUUCAUGCUUCAGCAAGGACAGAAAACUCUACUGUAGAACCGACUACGAAAAGUAAGUCAGUACACUCUAGCAACACGACACGGUUAGAACACAAGCUGUCGCGUUUCUUCAUGACAUUUCAUAUUUUUGCUCACAUUAAAUAUUCCUAUAAUUAAUAGUUUUCUGCCUAAGUACCUAGAUUACACGGCAGAAGGUCAUUGCCAAUUUCAAGGUAUCGGUAAUUUGGGAAAUCUACAAGGCCUUUGGACCGUCUGCCCCAGCACUCAAACGUCUUUGUCACGAUUGUUGCUUGUUGCCUACAGUUGUUACGGACCGCUGGCUAUUUUAAUAAGGGUAAUGCUUCUUCUAAACGUCUAGUAACUUUAAUUAAUCGCGAUCUUAAAUUUUCUGAAAUGUCUGUAGCGAGUAGUAGUUUUCGAUUUUUUGAUCAGCACACAGCGACGGUCUAAAUUUCUAUUUACAUCGUUGGUCUAAACAUAUACACGUUAUGUAUGCAUCGGUCUCCUUUGAACAUCUAAAGCAAAGGCCGCCCACAGAUUUCGGAAAGUAUGAAUAAUUAUUACGUUUUCUAACUUAUUUUACCCUUUUAAUAUGAUUAACAUGUUGAAUGGUACAGAAUGAUACUUAUUUCUGAAAUUUUAAUUCUCGCGUAGUGGUGUUGUCAGAUCUUGCGCUUUCUACAAGUAACAGUUUCGCUAGCAGGAAGUUCCUUUGAAUGUGUUAAUCAAUCUUGCCUCUUUAAAUGAUAACUCUCUUCCGUUACUUGUAGUACGUUAGUGCCCGAUUUUUUUUCCUCUUCAAUUUCGAUAAGAAGUCUCUAUAAUGUCAGUUUGAUAUUUCUUUUGCUUAUUUUUGUAAUUGUCCGUUUCUAUUAUUAUCAUGCACUGUUUUCAUGGAUUACAACUACUGAAGGAACAUUUAGAAGUUUAGGUCACUCGGUUUCAUUUUACCAGCAUCACUGUAGUUCCACAAGAAACGAUUCAGAACUUCAGCCGUUAUCAGGACAAGUGAGAAAAGAUACCAUUAAAAGGGAAAAAAAUUGCAAUUCUGUUUUUCUGCGAUAUUAAUGAUUUUUUUGCUUUGUUUUAGCAAUAAUGUCCUUUUGUCAUGUUACAUAUUUGAAUUAAAGAGAGAUUGCUAAAGUGAGCAUUCUACCGAAAAGUAUUUUAUCAUCGUAACUCUUUCUAUAAACUGAACAGUUAGAGUUACUUAAACUGCAUAAAAGGCUUUUUCAAUUGUCUCUAUUUUACAGUAAACGAGUCCUGAAUGCAACAUUUAAAUCAUCUGAAAAUAUAUUACUUCUUUAAUAAUAAAGUCUGGAAAAUUAUCACUAAUCACGCUUUGAAAAGAAGAGUUGUUUUGCAUACGACAUUUUCCCCCUUGAAAGAGCUUUUUUUCAUCUGCUCGUAAAAUUGCUCGCCAGAAAAUCAGUUAGCGGCGUAGUUUUUAUUUUGAUAAUUGAAUGUUUGCCCAGGAACGGAUCUAUUACCAUUGUCAAUCACACAAGGCCAUUAAAGUGUUCUGGGGAAAGAGGUACUUCGAUCAAUACUUUGGCAUCAAGGCUAUUUGUUUCAACACAAUAUUAUUGCCACUUUCAGUGCCUCAAGGCUGGGUUUCUGCUGCAACGUUCUUCAAAAUAAAGCGACGUCACCUUGGAAAUUUAAACUUAAAACGAAGCCGCCUUGUGGGUUAUUUGUUUAAGAGAGUGUUAGCAUAUUCACUGAUUUACUUUGAGCAAGACAUCAUUUCACGGAUUUCUCUGUUCCUGUAGACGACAAUCGAACAAUCUGUCACGAAAAAACGAGAGGGUUGUUUCCAAAAAGGUCAAAAUGAAUUGGUUCGUGUGAAAAGCCAUAUUAACUGUUCAACACUUGUCUAGAUUGGGAAUUUUAAACAUCAAAAGCGGCCAUAAAUUAUCAGUAGGUAAAAACACACUUGGGCGAAUUGAAGUCAUCUGGCUUUCCAACUUUUCCGUACGCCUCUCCGUCGAGUAGGUGAUGAAUUUAUCCGGAAAUGUUGAAUCGAAAGAAAACACUAUAAUUGCUUACAACAAGCUAGGACAAACAUUACCACACGUGCUCACUUACUUUUCGAAAUUCAACCUGUUGGUCUACCGUAAAAAGUCUUCAUGAAAAACGUGGACAAUUUCUUUGAAUCAGGACUGCUGUUAACUGAAUAGCCAAAAACCAUACAAACAAUGCCACGAUAAGCCCAACAAAAAGAGAAGGAAGGAUCAAAGAAAUCCUAGUAUGCUUUUUACUGGAUGAGCAGAGUUUAAAAUUCACCUUGUGACGCUUUAAUUCUGAUCAAAGGAAACCUGAAUUAUUCAUAAAAUCUUACACGGCUUUCGCAAACACAUCUAGAGCUUAGAAAUGAUUCUUUUGUUGUUUGCUUCACAGAAUUAAAUGAAAUUUUCCCGUUUUCUCGCUUUUUUUGCCAGUUGACGGCAUCGGCAACGUUGUCAGUAAUAGAUGCUUUUUCUUGCUUGGAUUGAAAGUAUAUUUCAAAGACAAACCACAGUUUCUUUUAGACAGGCUUUUAAAGAUUUUAGGAAUGCUUGAAAAUAAAGAUACAACCGAACAUAACAUAAAACUGCUUUAUAUUACUUUAGUUCUAGAGGAAAUCAAAACAGGAUAUCUGUUUGUCCGAAACAUAACCAUUUUAAGAUUUGCUAAUCUUGCUAUGGUCCUUGAUAUUUGUAUCUGUCAACUAUGUCGAUAGCCAAGAAAAAGUAGAGAAGCUUCAGGGGAAAACUAUAGUUUUCAAGUAUUACGUCAAGCAGUAUUUGAAUAAGAAGCCAUCGAAUGAUAGCUUCUCAUCAACUUUCGAAGGCGACUGAGCCAUUUUGAUGCGCGUUUUCCUUUUCCUCCUGUAGAGUAUUAGAGAAUCAAGGCAUGAACAGCAUCGCUUUUAACGUUCAUUUCUUCAUAUGUUACCAAUUUAAUUAUUUUGCUCCGAGUAAUCUGAUAAAAUAUGCAUUCGAUUGCGAGUUGUGAUUUCGUUAUUUCAACUCUGAGAUGCUUUUCGAUCUCCAACUCUUCAAACGUAGGAGAUAAAGUAUUCUGACAGUCUUGUUCAAAACCUUUUGUAGGUGAACCUGCUGGUCGGAAAUGAGUAGAUCUUUGCUCGAAACUAAAGAAAUUCUGAAACAACUUGCACUAUAACACGAAAAACCAGACUCAAACAAUGCUAAAAGUGCUCGUGUUAGAGAUGUUUCUUUGGUUGAACUGAGUUACUUAUUUUCGUUAUGUGACGCCAGUUCUCCUACAAGAAGUUCUUUUGUAGCAAAAUUCACCGUCUUUGUAGAUUUUUGAAUUCGUGGAUUUAAACAUUUACCAAAAAUGUGAUACUUAAUUGUUACCAACGGCGGUUUUCUUUAACUUAGAUUUUUAAAUUACGUUCAAGCAGACAUACUGUACAGGCCAGUGUCCAAAAUUCACCGGAACCUAUUUUCCAGUUCUUUCGAGGUUAUCACUGCUGUAGUCUCUAUUCCUUUGAGGUUUAAGUUACAGUGACCUUGAGAUAGACCCAUGGGUUAUCGAUCGCUAAAGAUAGUUUUUUUCUAGCUCGUGAACGUGAACCCUAGUUUCUGAUACUAAAGAUAGCACUGAGAUGUAGACUUUCGACUAUGUUUGUUUGAGGAGCUUGUAGUUCAAUUCUAUAAUUGGAUCGACUCCCUGGGUUUGCAAUCUUUUACUCUUGAGUACAUUAAGUCUGAAUCAAAUUAACAGUAAAACGAACCGAUUAAACAUACAGUCUUAACCGAAAGAACAAUUUGGCUGGACUGUCGAUCGGCAAAUUGACAAGUCACCAUCAUUCCGGUUGUUUAGACUGGUAGAUAACACACCUUGGAAUCUUAGAGCUAAGGAGCCAAAGAUACUUGGACUCAUAAGAAUUAUAUUUAUUGAUACAUAUCAACAAAUAAGACCUGGAUUCAAUUUAGUCUUCAAGCUUCUAUAGCGUAUUAAACGUUGAUCUGACUUUUAUGGAAUGUACUGAAGAAUAUUGAUAACUGGAUUUUAGUAGUUUCCCGGACAUCAGUUCAUGCUGAAAUGAAAACUACUUGUUGUUAGCAAACUCAGUUCUUGAUGAAUAUUGUAGGCAUGUGUACAAGUAACUUGAACAAAAUGCCACCUGACCAGCAAACAAACACAUAAAUCUAUUUUCAAAAGAAAGCCAACGCCAACUACAUGUUGUAUACUGAAGAGGGAUUCGCCACAAAAAGCCAAGUUUUCAUUCUGGAUGCCAUAAUUUUCAUAUUGCUCAAUUUUUGUUUACAAGUGGGGUUCCCUGAUGCGAAGAACCGGUCGUUCACGCGACCUUUGCGUGUUUUGAGACGUUAUCUAUUACAAAAACCUUUCAUCUGUUUAAGUAAAUCUGUAAAGAGUUUUAUGUACGGACCAGCUUCCGAAAAGGAGGUUAUUUCGAGCCCGUUUGAAUCACCUCCCAAGACAGCCAGCGAUGCCAACGUAGAUUAGAUAAAGUUGGGUGCAAGCAGUCGUGGUCUUUUUGACGCCUAAAACAUUGCCACUUCGCACUGCAACCCUGGUCUCCUGCAGUACGAAGUAGUUUCUUCGGAGUCAAGUUAAAUAUUUUUAUUGCCUUUUCCCCUCAUAUUUUCGUAUUUUUGGGAUGCAUUUUAAGAGAAUUUGGAACAGCGGGCACUUGCGAGUAUCCACGACCACACAAGUAUAUUUUGCUUUUCACAUGCGUUAAGAAGAAAAUAAUUAUACACUCGUCAAAUCGUCAGAUCCAACAGUUUAGAAUUUCUUUAUCUUUUGGCAAUUGAUAGCCAGUACUGAGUGUUUGCAUGUAUUCAGCGGGUCUAUAUCAUUGAUAUUUUUGCUUCCAAAAGGGCGUUAAAUGUCAUUAUGAAAGAGAAUAGGGUUCUAAUAUUGAAUUAACCCCGCACUACUAUGUCUCUCAAAAAAAUUCUAGAAAAUUCUAAAACUUUGUUUUGUGAAAUAUUAUAAGACAAAUGGUCCAGUACCAUGUAAUACUGCCGAUGAGAUUUCAUUUGCAUGGUCACAUCGUAGAAUUUCGUUCGCAGACUCAUAAUUUUUUGUAUCCAUAUCGGAGUUCGUAGUAAAACAAACAAUACCGUGAAAAACGUUUUCUGGUUCAUAAGCAUUUUGACAGACUUAGUCAGGGAAUGCCCUCUGCUUCUCAACGAAAAGCUUUAUUUAUUCUUCAAAACACAUUCCAGCAUUAGCUAGUGACAUAUUCUUGUUUUAGGCCUCUAGUCAGCACUGCUCCUAACUGAACACAACAGUACGUUCAAGGUAAACCAAGGCCUGCUAUAAUUCACAAGCCUGUUUUCCAUGUUUGAUAUAUUUCUAUUGAAUGGACGAGAGAUUUUGAAAAAAAAAAAAAAACGUGAGAGCCACAAUGAUUCUAACGCCUCCACUUUCAACGACUCGACAAUCAUUAACACAACUUAACGUUAUGACUUCGGUUCACUGUCAAUUUUACAACGGCCACUACGUGCUUUGCUGAUAUUAGUCAAUAUAAUUUGUUUUAUUCUCUGUUGUUAUACAGAAACAAGUCUCAGUAUGGCAGUGACUUUAUACCAAAAUUUGACUUUUCUCUUUUUCUUUCCAAAUAAUGACUGGUUUAACCAGUACAAGAAGAGCUAAGAUUUCCUUAAAGGAAUUUUUCAGUCGACUGAGAGCGACUUGACAUUAAGAUACGACAAAAAUCUUAAAUUUGUUUUGAACGAACUGCAGAACGAAUAACGAGAAAAUGAUAGUCUUACCGAAAAGGUUGCAUUUGAAUUCUUGAAUGAUGGGCCAUGUAGAAUGGAAGGACGCUGUGUUACGAGUUUUUGGUGUUGCUUUGAAACCCAAACCGACCGAAAAAUUGGAAAAUAGCAAAACCCGGCCCUGAAAAAAGGUUCACUGUUCUACUUAAAAUUAUUUUACGACUCUGCCUAAACUAUGCAAUAAAUAAUUAUCCCUCUACUCUGCGUGUCUUGGGCUUUCGAUAACCAGGAUGGAAAUAGAUUUCAAGUUUAAAAAAUAGGGCUCACUGGCAACCCUUAUGCUGUGGAAAAUACCCAAGCAAGUGCUCAUGAUCUAGCUUUGUUUGCAAGGUUCGCUUGGUAGCCAUCCAUUGGAGGUCCUAGCUUAAAAAAGGCGACUGAGAAUACUUAGUUUAAUUUUAGCUCUUGGCAUAGCUCUCGUAAGACCAGAUAAGAGUCACCAAAGCCUUUAUGUUACGCCGCAUAACCCAUUAUUAACUUCUUCUUCUUCAAGUGAAGACCACUUUUGACCCUCUAAUAAACGCUACUAUGGAGCAAAACGAAAUAGCUCUAACUAUCUGGGACUAUUCAAAUGAAACCUCUGUCAGUAAUUCGUCUGAUUUGCUCAUCAGUGGUGUUACAGUAGAAGAUUUAAGUUUCUGCUUACGCCGAUUUUAGCUGAUUUUGAGUGCUUUUAGGGUGAAACGGGUCGGAUAAUUUAUUCGCAAAGAAUCAAAUCUCUCACUGCCUUAUUGUAAGUUGCUUUAGAGAGGUUAAGAUUUAAGAACUGAAAGUAGUACUCAAAAAAAUUCUCAUUCUAAUGUGGCGAGUAAAGUGUAAUCUAUUUUAAGGCGUUUUCUUUUUUACUUCAUCAUAGUUGGUUUGGUUUAUUUUGGAAACGCUGUAAAUCAUGUCAUAACAGUAUAGACAUUUUCCUCGUUUUAUAUUUUAUUGCUGUAGUAAUAGGGUAUUCUAUUACGUGACCGGCUUCCUUUUUUUUACAUUUUAAGAGGUAUUUCGGUUCAUAGUAUCAAAAAUAGAGUGAGCAUAUCACAAUCUAAGUAUCACUAAAAGAAGGAUGGAAAAACAUUAUUUUAAAUAACUCUAUUGAAAAGCUAAUAUGUUGACAGGAACAAAAAUUUAGAAAGUGAUAUGAGCGUUUUGUUUACAUAAUUUGAUAGUUCUUAUUAUAUGUGCGAGGCCGUCACUUUUAAAAAAGCCGAGACUUAUAAACAAUGUUAAAAGAUUAAGAGAAGGGGAUAAAUUCUUCGAAAUGACAAACCAGCGAAAAAAUGCAUUGAGCAGCAAGAAGGAAAAUAACCAAGUUGGAUCUGAGAAUCUCACCUUACAGAAUAAAUCUUUCAUGUUUGCUUUUCAAGGCAGGUUUGUCAACUCGUGGAAAAUGAGAUAUAUAAACGCAAAUACAAAAACCUGCUUGUAGAUAUGGUAUCUCAAGAGCUUAUUUAACCAGCUGAACACGACAAUAAUUUCACUUAUUAUCUAAGUUUACGGAAACGUGGUCGAAGACAGGUUUGUUUAAAACACGUUAAACACCUAUCGCUCUGUUUGCUAUUCCAACUCGCUAAUUUAAGAUAACUGUUAACUACUUUACUUUGUCAAAUAUUCCUGAAAAUACUGAUAAAGACUCCGCGAAAAUGGGAGAGAUAAAUCUUCACUAAGCUGUCUGGAGUUCUGUUGUUAUAGUCUUUCUUCGAAGCACUUUCUAUGUUAGCUUUUCAUUUUAGUUCUGCCAUUCGGUGUUCCAUGGGUCAAGUAAAUGACUCCGGCGAAUUCUGACCGACGGACGACCGCUUAUUCAUUCAAAUGAAAACCCUCUAACAGCAUUUUCUUUUGGCAAUUUUUAAGGAGUAUUUCUGACCAUUUGAGUCUUUGGAUAAAGGAGAUAUCACGUUGUGCGCUACUUACUCUUACAAAAAUAAAACCUCUUCAGCAAUUCUUUCAUCUGGUACUAUUUAUUUAGUAUGCAGUUUUAAUUUUGACGUCCUCGGACGAAAUACAGCUUCGGCUAGCAAAUCUCCUUUCGCGUGCUACUCUGCCCAAAUGGGGAGUUUGCUCGCGGGCUGGAAGAAAUACGAUGGUGCCACCAUUCAAAUGAACCAUCUGCUGUUCUUUCACAUCUUGCUAUGUGGUAUUCGUGGACGAAAACCUGUGUUGUGACCACUGAUAUCAAAUCUCUUUGGUCAUACUUUUGCUUUGUGUCUUCAAUUUCUGUAUUUUUCAAAAGGAAAUUUCUUUAGUUUUAACUUUGACAAUUGCAUCACCCUACAAAACCGUGUCUGAUGGUAACAGGACCUCACAGUGGUUGGAGUGGUCUCACGUUAACUCUGAGUUCGAUUUCUAGGUUGCGCGAGCUGGUCUAACUCUCUCCGACCUUUUCGGUUGAGACACUUAAGUUCUUCUGUUGAAUUUGAGUUUGGCGCACCAUUAAACCAGCUGGACAUCAAUCUGUUGGACUGACACAAAUUUCUCAAACCAUUGUAAUACAUUUACCUCAGUAAGGGUUUUAUUUGGAAUGCUUUUCAGUCCACGGGUGUCCAAAAGAUACGCACCGGACGGCCAAACCAAAUCCAAUCGUGAAACCGAGAAAGAGACGUGCUCGUCUCCAACCUCCCACAUUGAAAUAAACGCUCCCGGCUGCCGUUUCUGACUCGACCUCAGCAGCUCCGAGUCGUAAUCGCUUACUUCCGGAUAUUUUAGUUCAUUAUUGAGGAGAGCGGGCGACAAGAGAGAGAGAGAGCGUUUGUCUCCAAUGCCCCACAUGGAAGUAAACGCUACCGGCUUCCUGGUCUGACUCGACCUCAGCUGCUCGCAAAUGGUUAUUUGGGUAUACAGUAAUACGGCAUUUUAGAUAACUACUGAGGAGGGAGGGCGCCAAGAGAGAGAGAGAGAGAGAGAAAGGCGCUUUUCUCCAACACCCCACAUUAAAGUUAAUCCUCCCUGCUGCCCUAGCCUUGGAGAAACCUUUGAGGGAGGCAGCUACCUCCACGUAAUUGGAACUGUAACCCUUAUCCACCCAAUGUUCCCAAAUAAUGGAGAUUGCACGGCACCUUUUUGUUUUGUCCUCAGCAUGCAUGGCUCGAUAAUCCGUUUGUAUGAGUAACACUUAUCCAUGAUUUCUAUGUCUUUUUGCUCUUACAGGACGUAUGGAACAAAGUGCAGUGGCUGCAAGACAACAAUACCAGCAAAUGAGUUUGUGAUGCGGGCUUUAGGAAAUGUGUAUCAUAUACAAUGCUUCGUUUGUACCAUGUGCGGACACCGGCUUGAAAAAGGCCAGGAAUUUGCACUGAAAGAUAACAAUUUAUAUUGUAAAGAGGACUAUGGAAAGAUACCGAUUAAAGGACCAGCCAACAGCCCACCUCACAAACAACAACAAGAAAGUGAGUUAAACUUUGAUGAUGAUGUUCUUUCCGUUUCAUUGUUGUUGUUUUUCCAAGGGUUAAGAGUAACUGAACAGUUUCAAUUGACCACUCCAGAAAAUGUAAUAACAUACCAUAAUGCUCUUUCUUUGUCACCCAAAAUUUUGCAUAAGCAUUGUCUUCAGUUUCUCUUGGGAAUUAAAAAGGCCCCAAGAGAAACUGAAAACAAUGCUUACUCAAAUUUUUGGGGUGACAAACAAAGAGCAUUAUGGUAUGUUAUGUUAUUUUCUGGAGUGGUCAACAUUUCCGGCGACAAAUCGCCAUAUUUCCCUUGCCUCAUGUAAGGGAAUCCAAGACAGUCUUGGAUUCUGGAUUCCACACCUGGAUUCCGGAUACUGGGCACUGGAUUCCAGACUCCAAUCAUUAGCAGGAUUCCAGAUUCUUUGAGCUGUAUUCCAGGGAUACCAGAUUCCACUAGCAAAAUUUCCCGGAUUCCAGAUUUCACGAGCAAAAAUUUCCUGUAUUCCAGGAUCCCUUACAUAGAGCACUUAUUUCCCCUUUGAAACAUCAAGAGUUCUAUGUUAACUUGCAUCAAAUAAAUGAACUAAAAUGAGUAAAAGUUAUCAGUAAAGUAUAAAUACCGUCACCUGGUGACAUUGUCUUUCUUUCUACCAGGUUUCGGCCCAAUUUGAGCACUAAAACAUCAUCUUAACCUGACAGUGACUUGACAUGUGUAAUGGAAAGGGAUUUUCCCUUACCAUUACACAGUCAGGUUAGGUAAUGUCAGUGCUCAAGUUGUGCUGACCCUUGAUGAAAGAAAAACAAUGACACCAGGUAACAAUAUUGAUAUGUUAUUGAUAACUUUUACCAGUUUUAGUUCAUCUAUUUCGUGUAAGCUAUAUUUCCCAUAAAAACUCUCAUAUUUUGCUUGGGUCACCUGUGCUCAGCCCAGAUUUUCUAGGUUCUUAGGUAAGCCCCCAAAUGAGUUCCCUUUUUUGCACAUUCCGUACAGAGGAGUAUUUUUAAUUAGUAAAAUCCAACUAGUGGUCUAUUAUCAAUGCUAUGUUCUGAUUGGUUGAGCUACUACUAGGCUAUAUGUUAUAGCCCACUAAUAGCAAAAAGCACUGGCUUUGAAAACCAAAACAAUGGUGACUGAAUCACGUUUUGCUGGCUGAAGUUGUUUUGUCUCCAUAUUUUUGACCAACUAGUUGGAUUUUAGUAAAACAAUUAUUCCUUUCAUCCCCCUGGACUACUGCGGGCUCGAGGAAUAAUUUGUUAAAUACAACUUUUCUACCUUCACUGUUUCUCCCUUGACCAAGCAUUGUAGCCUUAUCUUUUCCUAUUUUUGACCCUAAUCAAGCCAGCUACAACCCUGUACAAAACUUUGGACAGUGUUACAAUAUUCAUAAUUUUGUUAAAGGUUUGAACCCAGGAGUCAUUAUAUAGGUAGGUUAAGUAUGAUCAUGCGGGUGAUCAUAGUUUUGAGUGAGACUGUUGUUGACAGAGAUGGAUGUUUCAACAACCUGUGUGGUAGUCAUCAAUCAGGUCAAUAACCAGAGGUUAAUAUUAUCAACUGAUCUGACGAAACUCACUUUAAAUAUGAAGUUCACUACCACACAGGUUGUCAAAACAUCAGUCACUGUCAACAACAGUCCUGUUCAGGACUACGAUCACCUGGAUGUUGAUGUUCACCUACUUAUAAAUAUUUGUAAUUAUCUGUAAUUUCUGGGUGCCCUCAUAAAAGAAGGCUACCUUUUGAAAACACUAUACCUGCCAACUCUCACGCCUUAGGCAUGAGUCUCACGCCUACGGGUUGAAAACUUCGAUCUCACGCCCGCUCACGCCUGCGGACCAAUUUCUCACGCCUGAUUGAAAAAUGUGAGUUGUUGCCGUCUUGCUUGACACAAUUUCCAAAAAUAUGUUAACUCAGACCCAUGUAAGGAACGAAAACCAUGUGUAAAAUGAAUAAAUGACAAUACCUUCCUCGCGAUCUCUGAUUUUGUGGAUAAGCGUUUUCUCGAUAACUUCGCCUUCGGCAGACUUCGGACGUCUUCGGAAGACUUCGGACGUCUUCAGAAGACUUCGGGCUUCUUCGGGAAUCUUCGGAAAUGAUCGUGUCGUUUUCAAAAAUCCCAGUACUCCCAGGAUAAAAAUCUCACGCCUACAUUUCAGAAAAAGUUGGCAGGUAUAAAAUACCUUGCCAUUCUUCUUCAGGCUCCCACAUGUUAUAGUGUGGAAACUGUUGAAAAAUUUUGGAUACACGCAUCUUAUGUUGUUUGUGUGGUGGGGGAAGGGGCUGGGCAUGUGUGAUUUAAAAAGAGCCCCACAAAUGCACAUUUAACACGAUUGCUUGGUCCUUUUUUUCCGCUUUUGUGUAAUCCUAAUAUUUAUACGACAUGUCGUGUACAACUUAGUCCAGAGCAACUUACCAGUUAUUCUCUUUUUAACUUUUACUUGUUUCUUUACAGAUGUUAUCAACAACAUUUUAAAGACUGAAAAAGAAACCAAAUCAGAGAAAGCUGACAACUCAGAUUCGGAUGAUUCUUCAGUAAUAGCUGACGAUGAAAAUGACGAUAAAAAAGGACCAAAACGGCCAAGAACAAUACUCACGAGUCAACAAAGAAAAAUAUUUAAAUCGGCAUUUGAAAUAAGCUCCAAGCCUUGUAGAAAGGUAAGAAAUUAAGUGGAAACGCUUAUUUAAAUUGCCUUGCGUAACUUGUAUCUGAUACGACCACUUAAUUCUUUUCUCGUUUCUGCGGUGCUGUUAAUCACGCUAAAAUAUAUGUGAAUUUCACUUCAUGGUAUUCUAUGUGCAGUAAAGUUUAGGCAGCUUGCUAAGUCGUGAAACAAAUAGCCUGCGUAACGCAGGCUACAAAAUGAUUUGGGGUGCUAAGGGUCACAAACUUUAGCUUCGCCGUCCCCUCAAAAUUCAUUCUACUCAGAUGUGUAUUCAAAAAAGACACGUUCUCACAACUGGAGGUUUGUUCUUGGAUAAGUCUUAAGAAUGCCAAAUAAAUGAAAUGCAGUUCAAAAAGUGCAAAAAUAUGCACACUCGACUCACCUUCGAAGCGUGACGAAUCCAACGAAAGAAGAAGCUUGGUAACCGCGUCUGGAUUAGUAGAGCCCAGUCUCAGUCUUUCUCGAAAGUCCCGCCCGAUAAUGGGCCUGGAAAGCUGUCAUUCAAUGAGUGUUUAACUGAGUAGUUCGGCAGAUAGAGCGGUUUUCACUUGACUGUCGAAAGUAAUUGAGGAAUUGGUUUGGUUUUGGUUUUACUAUGCCCUUUGGUUGGCUAGUGUAUUUACUUUGGUUUUGGUUUUACGACAGUCAAGUGAAAACCGCUCUAACAUGAUUAAACUAUCAGUUAACAAAACACAAUGAACGGGUUUGUUAGCUAGUGCCUGUCUGUUUUUUCUUUAAAUUUUGAUUUGAAGAUUUGUUUUCGGGCCCGACUUUCGAGGAACAGACCUCCUGGAGUGCUGCCCUUUGCUUUCUCCAAAAGCCGUUAAAGUAUUUUAGGCGUUCCCAGCAUGAAACAUACAAUGUGUAGGGUCAUAGUAUUUCUUGCUCCUUCCUUUAACGACAGGCUCUCCCCGAUAUAUCAUUAUUCAUUUUGCUAUCACUCUAUCAUUUGUAAAUUAAAGGUUAGAGAGGAACUUUCAAGAGAAACAGGACUUAGUGUUCGCGUCGUUCAAGUCUGGUUUCAAAAUCAGAGAGCGAAGGUAACUAUAAUAAUUACAGUCCUUUACUUUCGAUAGAAGACGACUUGCCUGUUUGAAACAUUUUACUUAUAACAAGGAGCUUUCUUCCGUUGUUUUCUCUACACAAGUUAGACUUUCAAGGAAGAAAUAGUGAAGGAAGGAAUUACUGAAUGAAUGAAUGAUGCCCUUCUAUAAUACAUUGUUAUAAAAGAAGCUCUUACACAUUUGAAAACUUUAUCAAUUUUAUACCUCGGUCUUUCGUCAAUAAUUAUACACUUGUAAAUAGUUUUAUCUAUUCUAUUUUAAUUAUUACAAUAGUUGAAUAAUUUUAUUUUAUACUGUCCCCAUUUAGUUGCCGCUCCUCUACUGCUAUUUUUAUAGUUUGAAACUUAAAUUUCACUGAUCCAUUCAUUUAUUUAUUUAUUCAUUCUUAAUGUGAUGGGUGGAUAAGGGGUAACAUUUUGGCUACUUAUCACAAAUGUGACGAGACAAAACCAUGUUAGAUUAUUUGCGUAUCCGUCAGUACAGUACUCUACUCGAAAAUACCAGCUACCCAGUUUGGAAAAAUAAUGUGAAGAAAGGUAAAAAAUUAAUUGUUGUCCUUGAUUUGUAUGUUUUUCAGAUAAAGAAGCUUGCGAGAAGAAACAACCCUGAGUCAGACGGAGCUGCGAGCUGUAGAGUAAGCAACCGGCAAAGAAGUCUUAAAAAGACUAAAGACGGCAAAUGUAGGUUUAUUUGAUCUUUCAAGUCUGCAUUGCAGGCGUUUUCUUGUGGCACUUGAGCUCUAGAUUUCGCUUGGGUUGUAGUCCCGUUUCUCUUUCCACUCAAAAGCAACAUCUAAAACUUCAUGAAUAUGCUACCACUCAAUCGUUUAUUGGUUCAUUCAUUGAUUUACAGUCAAACAUCUCGCAAGCGACCAAAUAAAUUGCCUAGGUUCAGUGGUCGCUUACGAGAACUGACCCACAGGGGGUCGCUUCCCAGAAUAGGCCCGGACACAUCUGAAAUUUGGGGGGGAAUUCAUUAUAUGCAUUUUCUAAGUUAUGAUAUGCGCAGUUUCAUGUUCAGCACCAAACGUACAUCGCAUUAUCUCAGAAGUGUAGUACAAACAACAACCGGCUACAUGAUAGAGAUCAAACCAUGUCUUAAGUGGAUGCCUAAGGGGAAAAGUCUGAAGCUGUUUUCCAAAAAAGUGGUUGCGGUCUCUUACUAGAGGGGGUCUUUUACGAGAGGUUCAAACUAAAGUGAUUUUACUGGGGAACUUUCGGUAUUUUGAGGGGGUUUCGCUUACGAAAGGUGGUCGGACGUGGAGGUUCGACUUUAUUUAUUUAUUUGUUUAUUCAUUCAUCUUUCUAUUUACCUUUCAUUUAGCAUCAAGUCCAAGAGACAAAAGGCGGGCUGACAGAGACAGUUUGGACCUUCCGCCUUCGCUUUCCCCUCCCCCUCAGCUACCAGGAUCCCAGCCCCCUCCUUAUGGAAUGCUUCCUCAAUACCAACAUUUACAAAAUCAUAUGGGACCAAUGAUGGCGCCACCGCAGUUCCAACCACAGUACCAACCACCGCUUAACCACAUAGACUCCGGGGAAAUUCCUAUGGAACAUGGAAUUCAGAGUAUCGAUGAAUGCAUGAUGCGACCGCAGCAAUUUAACCCCGCGGAUAUAGGCGGAUACCCUACGACUACAAAUCACAAUGGUCAGAAUCACUUAGAACUUAUGCAUGACAUGAUUAAUUCAUUUUAAUUUAUUAUAAUUGAUUCAGAGGAGACAAUAUAUUAUGCGGCGGCUUUAGAAGGUCACUGUUUCUCACAUGAGGCUCGGUCCUUGGAUAAGUGACCAGAGAUUACAGCUGAAAAAAUAAAAUCUUUGUUGCAUUGUGUUCCAAAACAACAAAACGAUAAUACGUUAGAUUUUAUUUCUUUUCUCAACAGAAAUCAAUUGCUUGUUUAGCACACCAGUUCUCGGCCGCAGGACGCGGUAAAAGCGAUAUUUAGGUCAUUAUGAAUGUUGCAGCUCUGAUAGAAAUAACUUUAUGUGACUGAUAAAGUUUUUAUUUAUUUAUUAUUUAUAUUUUUUUUAUCUAUUUGAAUACUCUCAGGUCAUCUUUUUUGACAGAAAAAUGAACUUCUCAGUGCAUGCUCAUUUUCAGUAACACCAUGUCUGGGUUUCAUUUUAAAACUAAGCUGUAAUUGUACACCCUCUGAGCUAGCUCUUUGAAGCUGUUCUACGAAAAUAGACUCUGUGAAUGUGUCUAAAAAUUGAACGUCGAAUAGAAGCUAAAAAUUCCAGAAAACGAAACAAAUUCCAUCUUGUAAUUUCCAGUCUGUGAUAUUAUGUCAUUUAUUAGCCCUAAAGAAAAAACUAACUUCUGGCAUACUAGAGCAGUAUUUUUUGCCAAAGAACUACCGUAGCUAAUCGAGUAGAACGUAGUUUUUUGAAACCUCAUUCUCCUAUUAGGUUCGUCUUUCCUGUUUGACUUUGAUCAUAGCAACAUGUAACUAAGCAACAACGCGCAAUUUCCAUGCAAAUUGGUUCGUAUUGGACUGACGGACGGCUCGGACAGCAUCGAAUAAAAAUUGAUCUAAAGACUAAAUUAAGGUAAAUUAUUCCAUUUUCAAUGGUACUGCUGGCGAUAAGCGUUUUUUAUAUUAGUAUUGAGUUAUUUUUGUUUGCAAUGUUAAAUUCAAAGUUGAUACAUCUCAAAUCACCAACGUCUAAACCUGGUGGAUUUUAGUGGUGUAAGAAUUUUAAGUAAGUUUCAUGUUUCGUUCAUCUUUCUAAUGCAGCUAUAGACUUACCAGGCAGAGUUCUAAACGUAAUUAUUCUUACAAAAAAAAUGAAUUGAAGUGAAUUUGUUGCUACGUUUUUUUUCUUAGCCUGACGGACGAAAUUUGUUCAUCAGUUAUAUCACUUCGUUAAAACAAUUGAACGAAAAAACCAACGUGGGUGCCGAAUGCAGUUUAACUUGAAACAUUUCUGCACGAGACUCGGAUCAAUCCACUUAAAGAUGUUUUUCUAUACAUUUCUUUAUAAAACUUCUACUAUUUUCCGUCAAAUGCGUAGUUGUCAGUUCAGAUGUUCAGUCACAUAAACUUUUUAAACUUUAACUAACCACCAAAAAGGACAUGUCAGUAAAAUUUUGAGUUGGUAGUUCAGCUGAUAAAGGAAGAUUUUUCUAAAACAACCUCCCUAAUGUAAAAAAUUAUUUAAUUUGUUCCAGAUUCCGACGAGGCAGCUUCGCAUUGGUUCAACCUUUACUUAUAGCAGUUAACAGAAGUAAACACUAAUUUUGAAAUUUAAAAAUUGCCAGUAAGGUCACCAGGUGGAAAUUUGACGUGAGUGAACGUGGGAAAAUGAGACUGUGUCACAAAAAUAUCUUAUCUAUCAUCAACUCAGUCUCGUACAAUAUCUUGGGUGCACCAUCGCAUUCUAGUUAAAAACUAUAGAAUCAACUCGUGCAAUAAGAUGAAUUCACUAGUCACAUUCACUUUUAGCAAAUACCCUCGUUAAGCAUUUUACUACAAGCUGAGAAGUUAAAAACCAAACUAUAACUAUAGAGCACACUCCACAUUACCAAAGGAAUUCUUUUCUUGACGGCUUCAUUUUAUUGAACACUAGUUAUAAGGAUUUCCUGACAGGCGCAAAUACCAGAGUUCGUCUCUUGAAUAUCGUACCGUUUUAAGUCUUUGAUCUGUCAUGCAUUGCAGUAGUUUCGACAAAACCACUUUGUAACGCGUUUUUAAAAAACAGAGGUGAAAGUCAAUUCUGAAAAUGGCAACAUGUAGGGAUUUAAUCCACGAACCUUGACUCCGCCGGAAAUUACACUGCUUUUGUUGUUCAAAACUAACUUCACUUUUCUAAAUGUUUCAUGUCUCAUGAGGAUUUCAAGAAAAUUAUUUGAAAGGGAGUUGCUUUAAUAGUAGAAUUCUGUAUUAGCCAAGCUAUGCUUUAGUACUAGUAGUAGUGAUUAAUGUUUUUCGCCCUGUGCUUGAAAUACUACUUAGUUCUCCUUACUAAGUAUCCAUGUUUGUUUACGAAAUGCGUUGUUUUAUGACGUCACGAUUUAGCAACCGUAAAACCUGUGACAAUAGAGAGAUUUAGAGUCGCGUUUACGGAAAAUAGCAAACGAGAAUUUGUACCACGUGACCAAGUUUUCUCCUUAAAUUUCUUUGACUGCUUCACAUUAGUUUUAUCCAUAAGAACUGUUUUAGACUGUUUUCAUCUGCUCAUUUUCUACUCCGAGAAUUCAUCAACUUAAAUUUGGAGUACUGAUGCGGUAUAUACCGUAAGCGUGACUCUCAAUCUCUCUACUGACUGAUUCUCUCACGAUCUGAAGAACUGAAUAUUAAUCGCUUCUAAGAAAACAGAGUUGGAAAAGAGGUCUGAAAUCUUACGUGCUUUUAUCUUCUUAUUUAUUAACGUUCCUAUCAAUGACGUCCUAAUUCUAAAGGCCUCUAUCAAAAUACAAAACCUACCUAGCGAUAAAAAUAGUCUCGUUUUCAAGAAAUGAAGAUAUACUUAAUUAUAUUACAUCCUCAUGCAUAAUUUAAAUAGCAAUGGCCGCCUAUACUAGUUGUAUGAUAAAUAUUAUUGUCAAAGGUGUGUAAAUAAUAUUCAUAAGAUAGCAAGAGAGCCUUAAUUCCUUGCGUAAGGCCGUACAGUGUACAGAAUAAUCAAAGAUUCCAAAAUAAAAUAGAGCUCAAAUGUUCUACUCG